AUGUUUGCAUUCACGGCAUUAAGGGCCCUGGCUCGCCAAGUGCUCCCGGUGAGCCGGUCUGCUUUGCUCUGUAAGCCUGUUUCCUCAGCAUUUCAAAUGGCUCCUCAAAGAUUGUUUUCGACAACUCCUACGCUCUUGAAGACAAAUACCUCCACCAGAACAAAAGAGAAUGUUCAUGAUUUAGAGACGUUUCUCAAGCUUAUCGGUAGAGAUACCAUAGAACAUUUGGACGCAUUUGAAGGAGACUUGCAGAAAUUUUUGAAUACAACGUCGAAGCAGAUGAAGAACAUGGGCAUUGAUACCUCGCAAAGGCGAUACUUACUAAGAUGGAAGCACAAGUUUGUCAAUGACUUGGAGCCCCUCAGAGAGCACAAGAGGGGCAAGAAGAAGAAUGGUGGUGAAAGAAAGGCCAAGGCGGUUAAGGCAAAGAGAAGGUUGCAGCAGAUGCAAGAAGAACGAGAGAAGUGGGCCACCCAAGAGAAGGAGGCUGAGGACAAGGGAGAGAGAGACUUCUGA